UUGUUCUUCCGCCAUUAAUGUUUCUAUUCUUAUAACAAUCACUAAUAUUGUGUGAUUAAAAAGGGUGAAGUGUUGUGCUCAAAUGAGAUGAAUAUUAUUUAUCUAGAUGAAAAUAAUUAGUGAUGGAAGAACAAGUAAAAGGAAGAGGUAAAAUGCGUUUUUAGGAUAUUGAGGUAGGAUGUCAUGUAGUGUUCAUCUCAUCAUUUUUUUUAAAAAAAAGAAGAAGAUGAAGGUGUUUAUGUAAUUGGUAAUCUUUCUUUUGGUUGAUUGUCUAUUUUUGGUCUCAAUAAGGAGUUUUUUGAGCUUGAAAGAUUCAAAUAUUAAAUUCCCAAUAGUUUUCAACCAUACCCACGUGUAGAGUCUUGAAAUAUAGAGUUUUUCAGAAACACGAAGCUUUUUCCAAGCUUCAUAUCCAAGUAGAAAUAAAUCAUCUAUGCUUUUAUCAUGUGGGGAAAAUGGGAAGAGGAUUUGUGUCACUACCGCUUUUGGAAAUUUUGAGCAGAGGAAUCAUUCUUCCACUAAAAUCUUUAUUGAUAAAUUCCUCUUUGAGGUAUUCAAGCGUCUACCCAGUGGCAGUGAGACAAGUGCUUAUGCUUGUGUUUCUAAGCGAUGGCUCACACUUUUAAGCAGUGUUCACAAGGAUGAGAUCACAGAAUCUAAGAGAUAUCUUGCCAGGUCCCUUGUUGGUAGGAAAGUCACAAUUGCCAGACUUGCUGCUAUUGCCAUUAGAACUUCAAAACAUGGAGGUUUAGCAAAGAUAUCUAUUCGGGGAAACAACGUUUGUCGUGGUGUGACUGAUGUUGGUUUCAAGGAUAUUUCUCGAGGUUUCCCUACUCUCAGAGAACUUUCCUUGUGGAAUGUGUCUUCUUUUGGUGAUGAAAGUUUAUUUGAUAUUGUCCAUGGAUGUCAUUUGUUAGAGAAACUUGAUCUUUUCCAAUGCCCAAGAAAUAGAGGUCCGGGUGGUUCUACAUGUCUGGAGCAUAGGAGUCCUGAUGCGGUGAAUGAGAGUCGAAUGAUGAAUUCAUCUAGGACACACACUUGUGAUCCUACUCUUGUUCCUUCCCGGAAAUAUUGCAUGCUGGGCUAUUAUGUUGAUGUACCAGUGAAUUGGUGUUGUGAAGAAUGUGAUAUUGGCAAAGGGAUAAUGUCUUCAUCAAGCGGACUAGAAAUUGUGCAUUAUGAGGGAUCCAAGUUACAUGCCUCUGAAAAGAUUUGUCAGAGUAUUAUGCAACCAAAGAAACAUAGUAAGUUUCCUGGUGGACAUCGUUUUAACUGGGAAAAAGAGGUACGGACCGGGAAAUUGAGAUAUCUACCUGUUGAAGAAGCACUUGAUUUGUCAUCAAGCAUCAAGAAAUAUGGAUCUCCGCUGAUAGAUACGGUCUCCUCAAGAGUUGUGUCAACCAAAUCCAUGGCAACUAUGACGAGAGGGAUUUUUAGCAAGCCUAGAGCUCAAAUUUCAAACUCUUUUCGUGAGAAGAGAAAAAUGCAGCUGCCUUUAGGAUCAACAGGAUAUACGAAACCUCAAAAUCUUCAAAUUGCCGAAAACACUAAACAGAGCAAAAAAACAGUACAAUUAUCUAAAGGUCCGAAUGGUUCUACUAGUCUGGAGCAUAGGAGUCCUGAUGUUAUGAAUAAGAGUCGAAUGACGAAUUCAUCUAUGACACACCCUUGUGAUUAUGUUCUAGUUCCUUCCCAGAAGGGAAGUUCUGACAUCUUAGGUGCUUUGGAAUUUUUACCUAGGAUGCUCAAUAGUUGUAUCAAGGCUCAUCCUCCUUCUAGAGCUAGACGUAAGGUGUAUGAGUUCUCAGGUCUUUUUCCUGAUACUCUUAAAUUUGAACUUGUUCCCUGUGGGGAUAUUUGGGAAAGUCUAUUUAACAAUCAUAUUCCGAGUAAAGAAGAUAUAGGACUAUAUUUUUUUUGCAAGUGAGAAAGAAAGGUCUGAGAGAUAUAUUGCUCUAGUGGAGUUCAUGCGUAGCAAGGAUUUGGUGAUGAGAACGCUUAUAAAUGAUGUUGAGCUCCAUAUACUUGCAUCCAUAGCCAUGUGCACUGAUUCUCAAAAAAAAAAAUGUAAAAUUUGCGGUGACACAGGUUUUGACAAAGAAAUUACUACAUGUUAUCAGUGUGACAAUGUUGACGUACAUCCAUAUUGCAUGCUGGGCUGUUGUGUUGAUGCACCAGUGGAUUGGUGUUGUGAAGAAUGUGAUAUUAGGAAAGGGAUAAUGUCUUCAUCAAAUGGACUAGGAAAUAUGCAUUAUGAGGGAUCCAAGUUACAUGCAUUUGAAAAGAUUUGUCAGAGUACUGUGCAACCAAAGAAACAUAGUAAAUUUCCUCGUGCACAUCGUAUUAACGGGGAAAAGGAGGUACAGACCGGGAAAAUGAGAUAUCUAUCAGUUGAAGAAGCACUUGGUCUUUCAUCAAGCAUCAAGAAAUAUGGAUCUACGCUGAUAAAUACGAUCUCCUCAAGAGUUGUGUCAACCAAAUCCAUAGCAACCAUGACUCGAGGGAUUUUUGGCAAGCCUACAGCUCAAAUUUCAAACUCUUUUCGUGAGAAAAGCAAAGUGCAGCUGCCUUUAGCAUCAACAGGAUAUACUAAACCUCAAAAUCUUUGAAUUGCCAAAAAUACUGAACAUAGCAAAAAAAAUGUUCAAUUAUCUAAGGUCCGGGUGGUUCUACCAGUCUUGAGCAUACGAGUCCUGAUGAUUUGAAUAAGAGUCGAAUAAUGAAUUCAUCUAUGACACACCCUUGUGAUCCUUCUCUAGUUCCUUCCCGAAAGGGAAGUUCUGACAUCUUAGGUGCUUUGGAAUUUGUACCUAGGAUGCUCAAUAGUUGUAUCCUGGCUCAUCCUCCUUCUAGAGUUAGAUGUAAGGUGUAUGAGUUCUCAGGUCAUUUGCCUGAUACUCUUAAAUUUGAACUUGUUCCCCGUGGGGAUACUUGGGAAAGUCUAUUUAACAAUCAUAUUCCGAGUAAAGAAGAUAUAGGACUGUAUUUUUUAGCAAGUGAGAAAGAAAGGUCUGAGAGAUAUAUUGCUCUAGUGGAGUUCAUGCGUAGCAAGGAUUUGGUGAUGAGAACGCUUAUUAAUGAUGUUGAGCUCCUUAUACUUACAUCCACAACCAUGUGCACUGAUUCUCAAAAAAAAAUGUGAAAUUUGCGGUGACACAAGUUUUGAAAAAGCAAUUACGUGCAUCAAUAUUACAUGUUGGGUUGUUGUGUUGAUGCACCAGUGGAUUGGUGUUGUGAAGAAUCUGAUAUUAGCAAAGGGAUAAUGUCUACAUCAAGUGGACUAGAAAAUGUGCAUUAUGAGGGAUCCAAGUUACAUGCAUUUGAAAAGAUUUGUCAGAGUACUGUGCAGCCAAAGAAACAUAGUAAGUUUCCUCGUGCAUAUCGUAUUAAUGGGGAAAAGAAGGUACAUACCGGGAAAAUGAGAUAUCUACCUGUUGAAGAAGCACUUGGUCUUUCAUCAAGCAUCAAGAAAUAUGGAUCUACGCUGAUAAAUACGGUAUCCUCAAGAGUUGUGUCAACCAAAUCCAUAGCAACCAUGACUCGAGGGAUUUUUGGCAAGCCUAGAGCUCAAAUUUCAAACUCUUUUUGUGAGAAGAGCAAAGUGCAGCUUCCUUUAGCAUCAACAGGAUAUACUAAACCUCAAAAUCUUCGAAUUGCCAAAAACAUUGAACAUAGCAAAAAAAUGUUCAAUUAUCUAAAGGUUUGGGUGGUUCUACCAGUCUUGAGCAUACGAUCCUGAUGAUUUGAAUAAGAGUCGAAUAAUGAAUUCAUCUACGACUUACCCUUGUGAUCCUUCUCUAGUUCCUUCCCGGAAGGGAAGUUUUGACAUCUUAGGUGCUUUGGAAAUUUUACCUGGGAUGCUCAAUAGUUGUAUCCAGGCUCAUCCUUCUUCUAGAGUUAGACGUAAGGUGUAUGAGUUCUCAGGUCUUGUGCCUGAUACUCUUAAAUUUGAACUUGUUCCCCGUGGGGAUAUUUGGGAAAGUAUAUUUAACAACCAUAUUCCGAGUAAAGAAGAUAUAGGACUGUAUUUUUUUGCAAGUGAGAAAAAAAGGUCUGAGAGAUAUAUUGCUCUAGUGAAGUUCAUGCGUAGCAAAGAAUUGGUGAUGAGAAUGAUUAUAAAUGACGUUGAGCUCUUUAUACUUGCAUCCACAGCCCUGUGCAGUGAUUUUCAAAAUUAUUAUGCCUUUUGAAAGUGGGGAUACUAGUUUGGUUUCAUUUGUGCAUCAAGGUUUUUGCUCUAUAACGGAUUAUCCAAAAGAAGAUGUUAACGGCAGCUAGAGUGUGUCUAAUGAAAAAAAUUGUGAAAUUUGCGGUGAUACAGGUUUUGAAAAAGCAAUUCUACAUGUUAUCAGUGUAACAAUGUUGACGUGCAUCGAUAUUGCAUGCUGGGAUAUUAUGUUGAUGCACCAAUGGAUUGGUGUUGUGAAGAAUGUGAUAUUGACAAAGGGAUAAUGUCUUCAUCAAGUGGACUAGAAAAUGUGCAUUAUGAGGGAUCCAAGUUACAUCCUUGUGAAAAGAUUUGUCAGAGUACUGUGCAACCAAAGAAACAUAGUAAGUUUCCUGAUGGACAUCGUAUUAACUGGGAAAAGGUGGUACAGACCUGGAAAAUGAGAUAUCUACCUGUUGAAGAAGCACUUGGUCUGUCAUUAAGCAUCAAGAAAUAUGGAUCUCCGCUGAUAAAUACGGUCUCCUCAAAAGUUGUGUCAACCAAAUCCAUGGCAACCGUGACUCGAGGGAUUUUUACCAAGCCUAGAGCUCAAAAUUCUUCCUGAUGAAUGCCUUUUUGAGAUUUUCAAACGUCUUUCCAGUGGUCAAAAGAGAAGUGCUAGUGCUUGUGUUCCCAAGUGAUGGCUUACACUUUUAAGCAACAUUCGCAAGGAUGAGAUUGCAAAAUUUAAUGGAUAUCUUAACAUGUCCUUUGUUGGUAGGAAAGCCAUAGAUGUAACACUUGCUGCUAUUGCUGUUGGAACUGCAAACUGUGGAGGUUUAGCAAAGUUAUCCAUUCAGGGAAAUAACCUUUAUCGUGGUGUGACUGAUGUUGGUCUCAAGGCUAUCGCUCAAGGUUGCCCUACUCUCAAAGAACUUUCCUUAUCGAAUGUGUCAUUUGUUGGUGAUGAAGGCUUGUCUGAGAUUGCUCAUGGUUGUCAUCUAUUAGAGAAGCUUGAUCUUUUCCAAUGCCCAAGAAUUACUAAUAAGUCCUUGUUAGGUAUAGCAAAGAAUUGUCUCAAUCUCAACUCUGUCAACGAAUGAUUGUUCAUAUAUUGAGAAUGAGUCUCUCAAAAUUAUGGGUCAAUAUUGCCUGAACCUUAAGCUUGUUGGAUUAAAAAUGUCCUUGAGUAGGCAAUGCUACCAUUGAUGUAAUACAUAGACUAUGUCACAAAUUAAUUCAUCUAGAGCUGAAUGGGCUUCUUCGU